AUGGCUGCUCUAAUAAAACUUCGACAGAUGUCCAUAGUUCAAAAAGCUGUCUGGAACCAUCUUUCGAAGACGAAUCGCUGCAUUUCAACUUCGAAGAAGAAUAGUGACACAGUAACUCAUACAGCGGCUAGUGAAUGCCCACCAGAAGAAAAAAAUUGGGUCAGCUAUGGGUUUGAUUAUAAAAGCAAGGAAGAAGAUACGAGCGCACAUCACUCCUCAUUCUUUUUUUCAGUGACUUUGUGCCUAGUGUUUGGUAGUUUUGCAUGGGCCUACGCACCAGACGUCCACCUAAGGGAUUGGGCUCAAAGAGAAGCUUAUCUAGAACUGCACCGCCGUGAGAAAGCUGGUCUUAAACCAAUAGAUCCUAAUUACAUAAAUCCAAAGCUUAUGAAGUUGCCAUCUGAAAGUGAACUUACUGAUGUUGAAAUUAUCAUUUAAUUACAGAAAAUAUGCUGUUAUUUAAACAUUAGAGGUACAAAGUUUUAGUAAAUCAUGUCAUAUUUGUUUAUAUUUAAAUGAAACUGGUUUUAAUAUUGUGUUCUAUUGUUUUUCAUUAUUUCUAUACAAAGUGUUUUCAAUGAGGUCCUAAUGUCAUAAAUAUAAAUAUGAUGAGAUUAUA